AUGGUCGAGGAGCAGUUACGCAGGGACUCACUCACCGACCACCCGGACCGCCUGUGGAUCUGGCAGAAGUUCGUGUAUUUGGAUGAGCACCGGCGCACCUGGCUGCCCUUAGUCAUGGAGAAGGAGGAUAAAUUACGGGUGCUCUUUCGUCAGGAAGUCACCAUCCUGGGGAAGCCUAUGACCCCCACCCAGAUAGGCCCAAGCCCGCUGCCUCUCAUGUGGCAGCUCUACCCUAAUAGACGAUACCGAUCCUCAGACUCCAGCUUCUGGCGCAUAGUGUACCACGUCAGGAUUGAAGGCCUGGAGAACCUGUUUCUCGAGCAGCUGCCAGAUGACUGAGUGUCUUGCAGCACCCGUCUCCUUUCACCCCAGGGCCUGCACCUGGCCAGUCCAUAGUGGGGAUAUUCGUGUUUCUAUUCACCUUCGUUUCCCUAUGCCGGUGUCUUCUCCUCCGCCAUGCUGGGGUCUGGGAAGGAACAGACAGAGGAUGAGCUCUACCCAGGGCCUGCUGGACCUGCCUGCGGCUCACCCUGCUCCCAUCAGCACUACCACUCCUGCCAGGGAGGACUCCAGUUGGUAGAGCUUCCUUCAGGUGCCCAGUAUACCUGUGCCUUGGCUUUUCUCA